AGCUGCUGGGGGAAAUCUAGCUCGCGGACUUUUGAGUGACGUGAUGAGCCCGGCGCGCGCUCCGAGCCGCGUGACUCUUUCCUGCUCGCUUCUCGUUUCACCGGGCGACAAGAACAAAGAAGAGCAGCUCCAAACCCAUUCACCUGCUCCGCUUUAAAACGCUGUAAAUGUGAACUAUUGCGGUGGAGACGGUGCUAGCUUGGAGCUGGGAUCGGAUUGAACUAAGUGGCGGAAUUGGAGGAGCUGGACUGAGCACUUCCACCUUUACAAGUAUGGCCAGGAGAAAGCAGCGAGCACCCAAGCGCGCGCCAGCUUAUGAUUCAGAGGAUGUUGAAGAACCAAGAAUCCAAAAUGAGGAUUUUGUAAAGGAAGACUCAAGAACCACAGAGAAGCCACUGGCUAACAAUGACUUAAGGAAGGACUCUGCCAUUGAAAAAUCAAAGGAUGAACACUGCUUCCCUACUGCUGAGUUUUCUGAGACUGACAGUGAAUUACACAUUAAUGAGGCGAAUGAACCUACAUCAGAUGUUGACAGCAGGUCAAUUAAUAUUAAAGACAACCCAAUGAAAGAGUGUUUUAAUGAGCGAUCCGAGAAAUCACUGUGUGGCUCAGAUAGUCUGGAACAGAUAAAAGCCAUUUAUAAUGGUUUUCUUUCUAACUCCUUUUGGUCUUCGCCAAGUCUAAAUCCUUCUCAGUCAUGUACAGAGAAAAGAUCUGAAACAAGCAGUAGCAGCAGCAGCAGCAGCAGCAGUCCUGGGGGUAAUUGCUAUGACUGGCACCAGUCUGCAGUUGCAAAGACCUUGCAGCAGGUUUCUGAAAAACAGCUUCACCCUCAAAGGGAAACUAAUCUUUUCAGCACCGUUCAGCUCUACCGCCAAAGUGCUAGGGUGUAUGGGUCCAUCUUUAGUGGUGCAAGCAAGUUUCAUUGCAAAAGCUGUAGUGCCUCUUAUGACACACUGGUUGACCUUACAGUUCACAUGAAUGAUACAGGCCACUACCGAGAUGACAACCAUGAGAAGGCUGACAAAGGGGCCAAGAGCUGGUCCAAGCCACGUAAACGCUCUUUAAUGGAACUGGAGGGUAAGGAGGAUGCACAGAAGGUGCUGCGCUGUAUGUAUUGUGGUCACUCUUUUGAAUCCUUGCAAGAUCUCAGUGUACACAUGAUUAAAACCAAACACUACCAAAAAGUGCCUCUUAAGGAACCUGGAACAUCAGUUGCUGCUGCUAAAGUGAUGUCAUCUUUCAGAAAGAGAGUACCUGUAGAAUUAGAUAUAACUAAACUAAAUGGCACUGAUCAGAAAGCCUCUUCUAAUGAAAGUCUAAUAAAUGUUAGUGUUCCCAAGGUUGCUGACAUUAACAAGAAGGAGAGUCUCAUGGACCACAAGGGGAUGAGUAACACCGCUCAGAUAAAAUCCCAGAUUUUGAGGUGUAUGGAAUGUGGACAAUCAUUUGAGACUUUGCAGCAGUUAAGUGCCCACAUCAUGCUGACAGGGCACUUUGUUAAAGCUAAUCAAUCUCCCCAAAAAAUGAACAGAUGCAUUUCAGAACAGAUAUCCUUGCCUGGGAAAAUGAAGAUGAAAAAUGUGAAGACCCCAAAAGAGAGACCUUGUUCCUCCACAUCCUCCCCAAAUGAAAGCACCAAAUCACUGCAUACCUCUACUCCUCUAAAACAACCAGAAAAGCAGCAAAAGAUUUUCCUAAAAGACAUGCAUUCUAAAGAACUGGGAAGUGACAACAAUUUAGAGGAGAGGUUCACAAUGUCUUCAAAAUCUGACUAUCUUACUGAAGAGGACUUGCAGGACUGUCCAAAAAUGAACCUGGAUAUCCUUAAGUCCUUGGAGAACACUGUUACUUCUGCCAUUAACAAAGCACAGAAGGGCACUCCCAGCUGGGGAGGAUAUCAAAGCAUUCAUGCUGCUUAUCAGUUGCAGAAUAGCAUAAAGCCUUCUCUCUACAACUCUUCCAUGCAGCAACUAGUGCAUGGUGUGGAAGUUUCAUUCUCAGACAAAAAUGAAAUCCCUUCCAGCCCUCAACAGAGAACUCCUUCACCCAAAGUAAACCUGCAUGCCAUGGAGGAAUUGGUAAAGAAAGUAACACAGAACAUUGCUGAGGAAACAAGAAAGGACAAAGAUGAACAGACUUCCGUAGCAAGGCACUUUAUAAUCUCCUCUGCUACGAGUGCAGACAGGAAAUCAGCAUCCAAUUCUCCUGCAGUAGAAGGAUGCGAAACACUAAAGAACAAAGAUAACAAGAUUGCUGACUCUGAGAAUAAUGUAAGUGGGAGGGAGUCAAAAAAAUGUAACGAAAGCUUCACAACCUCUUUAGAUUUCUGUGAAGACAGCGCAGUAAUAACUGUUCACCCAGAGCCAAAACAACCAUUUGUUAGUCCUUUAAAUGCCCUUCAGUCAGUCAUGAAUCUUCAUUUGGGUAAAGCGGCCAAUCCUGUGAAACCAGUUGAGGAUCCUAUGAGUAUGCUUCUAAAGAUGAGCAACAGUAUGGCAGAGAGGGCUGCGGUUGCUUCAGCUCCGAUAUCCACCUCAAAGCCAGAGCCAUUACAUCUAUAUGUGUAUCACAAUGACAAAGACCAACCAAUAGAUUUAUCCAAAGGCAAAAGGAACCAGUGUUUAGUUACAGCUUCUCUCCCAGGGAAAGUGUUGAACUCUCUUCCUGCUAUGACCAAGACUGAUUUAACUGAUACAAUCAAAUGCCCCCCAGUCAGUCCAGUGCACGAAAGUGCACUAUCAGAAAUAUCAGACAUGUUACGCAAUUUUUCCGACAGUCAUGUCUUAAAUUCUCAGACUUCUCACAAAUCCGAGAGUUCGGGUAUUGAAGAUUCUCAAACGUCAAACGCAGGAGAUGAUGCAUCUAUGGUGCACAAACGCAAUGGAAGGCAGUCGCACUGGAAUCCUCAACACUUGUUAAUUCUGCAAGCCCAGUUCACAUCUGGCCUCAGAAAGACAGCUGAAGGGAAGUAUGUCAUAUCAGACUUGAGCCCUCAAGAGAGGCUGGUCAUCUCACAUGCUACAGGUCUUUCCAUGACAACUAUCAGCCACUGGCUUGCCAAUGUGAAAUACCAGCUGAGGCGCACAGGCAGGACCAAGUUUAUGAAAAACGUUGACUCAGGUCACCCAGUUUUCUUCUGUAGUGAAUGUGCUACACAAAUCCAAAAACGUUCAUCAUACAUCUCUCAUCUUGAAUCACAUCUCGGCUUUAGAUUACAAGAUUUGGCUAAAUUCUCAUGUAAAAAUCUCAGCAAGACGAUUGUAAAGCAUUCAACAAACGUAUUGGAGAAAACUGUCUUGUCGUUCCUCUGAUCCACUGCAGGUGGCAAGCAGCUGUACAGAGUAUAAAAGGUGUACUAUUAAUCUUAAUUUCAGCAGCUCAGAAUGCAGUUCAUGGAGGAACAGGAGUUUAUAAAAACUGAAAUAUCAAAACAUCUGUGUAAUUGUUGUACAGGAUGUGUAUUGUAUGUUGAUAAAAAGUUUAUUAUCAUAAUAUGUAUGUCAUAAAUAAAAUAAAUAUCCGGUAGGAAGUAUAACUCACCGAAUUUUUUUCAUAAAAAUUAUUAUAUAAAAAGUGGCAUAUACAUGAUUAUUUAUUUCUGUAUAAUCAUCAACUUUAUGCUGAUGUGCUUACAGUUCAAAUAGGUAACAAAGUGUACAUUUGUACAGGGCUAAUAUUUUCCAUGAUUAUUCAUUCUAUUUAUUAUUUAUUUAUUUGCAAAUGUUUUUUUUUUCUUCUGUUGUCGUAAUCUAUGUUUAUGCAUAUAAAUCUACAUUAUUUUCAUACAGUUUGUACAGCAGUUUGCUAUUUUAUACAACACAGCACCACUUCAACCUGAUAACCAUAAGACUAAAAUAUUAACAUAGGACAUUUAUUGACAUCUGUACAUGUGCUCACUUAUCCAUUAUUUAUUACUGAUCAGUAAACAGUCAACCGUGCACAGCACAGUGCAUACAGUCAGACACAUUUAGGCGAAGAACUUCAGUUAAUGUUCACAUGAAAACAUCCAAAUUAGAACAAAGUGAUUUCUUUGGCUUUUACACAGAAUUGUGCAAAUAACACAAAGCAACCUGAUGUCUUAAUGGCAUCUUCUGCUGCUGUAGCGCUUUCAAAUCAAAGCUUGAUAUGUUGUGCAUUCUGAGAUGCUUUUCUGCUCAGCACAGUUUUAAAGAGUGCUCAUUUCAGUUUCUAUUGACUUGUCAGGUCAUUCUCCUCUGAUCUCAUCAACAAGGUGUUUCAACCUGCAGACUCUCUGCUCACAGGAUGUGUUUUGGUUAUUGCACCAUUUUGUGUUAAUAAUGUUAUGUUUGAAAAAAAAUCUCUGGUGAUUAUCUGUUUCUGAAAUGGUAAACUAUCUGACACCAACAACCAUGCCACGUUUUUUCCCCCUCAUUUUCAUGUUGGAUAAAAUUUAACUAAAACUCUUGACCUGUACCUACGUUAUUUAUGCAUUGUGCUGCUGCCACCAAAUUGGCUAACUGGAUAACUGCAUAAAUAAGCAGAAGUACAGGGGAUUUUAUAAUAAAGAGGAUGACGAAUGUAUGAUAUAUUGCUUACAAUCUAGUGUCAUAUAAUACAAAAGAAAUGUUUGCAUAUUGUAAGCUUACUGGUAAAUGUACUUUUAGUUAUAUUCAUAAAGCAAAACUAUCCAGUGUUCUGUGUUUUCUUUUUUAACAACAUCUAUUUUUAUAAUGUAAAAUGUAAA